UAAACUCAGUACUUCAUCUUUCUCUGCUGUAUUUACUUCCCAAUAACAAAGUGGAGAGCAGUGGGAGAAGGGAUUAGGCUAAUUUUUCUCAUAUUCCACUCUCUAUUUUGUUUCUUUAUUGUUUUCAGUUCUUGAUAAAAUGGUAGGAAAAGCUGUAAUUUCUGACGACGAAGAUGAGGUUGGAAUCGAGGAAGAAGAGAGGGAUGAAGAGCCCGAGGACGGGGAGAGAAUAGGCCGCGGCCACGACGACGAUGAGGAGGACGAAGAUGAAGAGGAAGGUCAGGAUGAGUAUGAGGAUGAUGGGUUUAUAGUUAGCGAUGUUGAAGAAGAGCAGGAAGAGGAGGAAGACGAUAGGGCUGAUGAUGGUGCGGAGAGACAAAAGAAGAAGAAACGCAAGAAAAGGGAGUCAGAGAGGAAUUAUGUUCUUGACGAAGAUGACUAUGAGCUUCUUCAAGAGAGCAAUAUUACGGUUCCUCGACCAAAGCUUGAGAGCAAGAAGUUCAAGCGACUGAAGAAAGCACAGAGGGACACAGCAGAAGAGCAUUCUGGGUUUUCCGAUGGGGAAGAGUUUGAUGAGACAGGGAGGAGGGGAAGAACUGCUGAAGAAAAGCUCAAACGCAGCUUGUUUGGUGAUGAUGAUGGACAACCGCUUGAGGAUAUUGCUGAAGAGGAGCAACUGGAAGAGGAGGAUGAGGCAGAUAUGGGUGAGGAGGAUGAGAUGGCUGAUUUUAUUGUUGAUGAGGAAGACAGCUAUGAUGAACAUGGAGCGCCCGUGAGAAGGAAGAAGGUUAACAAAAAGAAGGCCCGGCAGGCACCAGGAGUUUCAUCAACUGCUCUCCAGGAGGCACAUGAAAUUUUUGGUGAUGUUGAGGAGCUCUUGAGGCUUCGCAAGCAAGGUUUGGUAAAGAUGAGCAGGCAUGAUGAUUCUGGUGAGUGGAAGGAGCGAAGGCUGGAAGAUGAAUUUGAGCCUAUCAUCCUGUCUGAGAAGUAUAUGACCGAGAAAGAUGACCGGAUACGUGAAAUAGAUAUCCCUGAAAGAAUGCAGGUAUCAGAGGAAAGCACUGGUCCUCCUCCCACAGAUGAGGUAGAUGAUGAGAGUUCGUGGAUACUUAAUCAGCUUGGUAAUGGUGUGUUACCUCUGUCUAUGAAAGGACGAACAGAUACGAAUGAGGCUUCUAACGAGCCCCCAAUAGACAAGAAUCACAUUACAAGAUUCUUGGAGUUGAUGCAUGUCCAGAAAUUAGAUGUUCCAUUCAUUGCUAUGUAUAGGAAGGAGGAAUGCUUGAGCCUACUGAAGGAUCCAGAGCAGCCUGAAUCAGACAAUGAUGACCAGAAUAAUUCUGACAAAAAACCUAGCCUGAGGUGGCACAAGAUGCUUUGGGCCAUCCAAGACUUGGACAAAAAAUGGCUGCUUCUUCAGAAGCGGAAGAGUGCUCUAGAAUCAUACUAUAGUAGACGGUAUGAUGAAGAAUCUCGUAGAGUAUACGAUGAAACUCGAUUAAAUUUAAACCAGCAGCUUUUUGAAUCAAUUACCAAAGCGCUCAAGGCAGCAGAGUCAGACCGAGAGGUUGAUGAUGUUGACUCAAAAUUUAACCUGCAUUUUCCAGCGGGUGAAGUUGGUGCAGAUGAAGGACAAUAUAAGAGGCCAAAGAGGAAAUCACAAUAUAGUAUAUGCAGUAAAGCUGGUCUAUGGGAGGUUGCAAACAAGUUUGGCUAUAGCUCUGAGCAAUUUGGGUUGCAGAUAUCUCUGCAAAAUAUGAGAAUGGAGGAAUUGGAAGAUGCCAAAGAAUCACCAGAGGAAGUUGCCUCAAACUUUACAUGUGCAAUGUUUGAAACACCUCAAGCAGUGCUAAAAGGUGCUAGGCACAUGGCAGCAGUUGAGAUUAGCUGCGAACCAUGUGUUCGGAAACAUGUGCGUAGUGUCUUUAUGGAUAAUGCUACCGUGACGACAACUCCUACUGCCGAUGGCAAUGCAGCUAUUGAUUCUUUUCAUCAGUUUGCUGGAGUGAAGUGGUUAAAGGAUAAGCCACUUACUAGAUUUGAUGAUGCACAGUGGCUUCUUAUUCAGAAGGCUGAGGAGGAGAAGCUGCUACAAGUUACUAUCAAGCUGCCUCAAGCAGUUCUUAACAAGUUGAUUAGCGACUCUAAUGAUUAUUAUCUUAGUGACAGUGUGAGUAAAUCUGCUCAAUUGUGGAAUGAGCAGAGGAAGCUGAUAAUUCAGGAUGCCUUUUUCAAUUUUCUUCUCCCUUCAAUGGAGAAGGAAGCCAGGUCUUGGUUGACCAGUAGAGCGAAAAGUUGGUUGUCUAUGGAAUAUGGAAGGCUCUUGUGGGACAGAGUUUCUGUGGCGCCAUAUCAGCGUAAAGAAAGUGACAGCACAGAUGAAGAAACUGCCCCCCGGGUUAUGGCUUGCUGUUGGGGUCCUGGAAAGCCUGCCACAACUUUUGUGAUGUUGGAUUCAUCUGGAGAGGUUAUAGAUGUUUUAUAUGCAGGAUCUCUCAGUCUUCGUGGUCAAAACAUCAAUGAUCAACAGAAGAAGAAAAAUGAUCAGCAGCGGGUUCUAAAAUUUAUGAUGGACCACCAACCGCAUGUUGUUGUUCUUGGAGCUGUGAAUUUGUCCUGUACAAGAUUAAAGGAGGAUAUAUACGAGAUAAUCUUUAAAAUGGUAGAGGAGAACCCGAGAGAGGUUGGUCACGAGAUGGAUAACUUGAAUAUUGUGUAUGGUGAUGAAUCUCUACCACAUCUGUAUGAGAAUUCCCGUAUCUCAACUGACCAGCUUCCUGGGCAGUCAGGUAUUGUCAAGCGGGCUGUGGCUCUUGGGCGCUAUCUUCAGAAUCCAUUAGCUAUGGUUGCUACGCUAUGUGGACCAGGAAGAGAGAUAUUGUCUUGGAAACUUGGUCCUUUCGAGAGCUAUCUUACUCCUGAUGAGAAGUAUGCUAUGGUUGAACAGGUCAUGGUUGAUGUGACUAAUCAAGUGGGUCUUGAUGUGAAUUUGGCUGCUAGCCAUGAAUGGUUGUUUUCUCCUCUGCAAUUCAUAUCUGGUCUUGGGCCGCGGAAGGCCGCAUCUCUUCAAAGAUCUUUAGUAAGAGCUGGAGCUAUCUUCACCAGGAAGGACCUUUUGACUGCACAUGGGCUUGGUAAAAAGGUGUUUGUCAAUGCUGUAGGUUUCCUCCGUGUAAGACGCAGUGGAUUGGCUGCUAGCAGUAGUCAAUUUAUUGAUUUAUUGGAUGAUACAAGAAUACAUCCCGAAUCCUAUGGUCUUGCACAGGAGUUGGCAAAAGAUGUUUAUAAAAUGGAUGUAGGAGAUGACAUAAAUGAUGAUGAUGAGAUGCUGGAGAUGGCUAUAGAGCAUGUCAGGGAGAAGCCUCAUCUGCUAAGAGCUGUCCAUUCAUCUGAAUAUGUUGCCGAGAAGGGUUUGACCAAGAAAGAGACCCUUAAUGGCAUAAGAUUGGAAUUGAUGCAAGGCUUUCAGGAUUGCCGCAGACCUUAUGUAGAACCAAGUCAGGACGAGGAGUUUUACAUGAUUUCUGGAGAGACUGAGGAAACACUUUCUGAAGGGAGAAUUGUGCAAGCAACAGCUCGCAGAGUUCAACCUCAGAGGGCGACUUGUGUUCUUGAUUCUGGAUUGACGGGCAUGUUGACAAAGGAGGACUACACAGAUGACUGGAGGGGUUUUGAUGAUUUGACUGAGAAGUUGCGGGAAGGUGAUAUUUUAACUUGCAGAAUCAAGUCAAUUCAAAAGAAUAGGUAUCAGGUCUUUUUAACUUGUAGAGAGAGUGAAAUGAGAAGUAACCGGUAUCAAAGCUAUCGAGAAAUGGAUCCAUACUACCAUGAAGACCGCAGUAGUUUACAGACUGAGCAGGAAAAGGUUCGUAAGGAGAAGGAGCUAGCGAAGAAGCAUUUUAAACCAAGGAUGAUUGUUCAUCCUCGUUUCCAGAAUAUCACAGCAGAUGAGGCAAUGGAGUUUUUGUCUGACAAGGAUCCCGGCGAAAGUAUUGUCCGUCCUAGUUCUCGUGGACCCUCAUAUUUGACCCUCACACUCAAAGUCUAUGAUGGCGUUUUUGCACACAAGGACAUAGUUGAAGGCGGAAAGGAGCACAAGGAUAUAACAAGUUUGCUUAGGAUAGGGAAAACAUUAAAAAUUGGAGAGGACACAUUUGAGGAUUUGGAUGAGGUUAUGGAUCGCUACGUGGAUCCUUUAGUUACUCAUUUGAAGGCCAUGCUGAAUUACCGUAAGUUCAGGAAGGGCACUAAAGCAGAAGUUGAUGAACUCUUGAGAGUGGAGAAAUCGGAGUAUCCAAUGAGAAUUGUUUAUAGCUUUGGUAUAUCUCAUGAACAUCCUGGAACAUUUAUCCUCACCUACAUAAGGAGUUCAAAUCCACACCAUGAGUAUAUUGGUCUAUAUCCGAAGGGGUUCAAGUUCCGUAAGAGAAUGUUUGAGGACUUAGAUCGCCUCGUUGCUUAUUUUCAGAGGCAUAUUGAUGAUCCACAUGACUCCACACCGUCAAUAAGAUCUGUAGCUGCUAUGGUGCCAAUGCGAAGCCCUGCAACUGGGGGCUCAUCAGGAUUUGGUGGUGGUUGGAGUGGUUCCUCUAAUGAUGGUGGUUGGAGAGGUGGCCAGUCUGCAGACAGAGAUAGGGGUCCUAGAGCAGGAAGAAGUGAUUAUAAGAAUGGUGCCAAUCAAGAUGGACAUCCAAGUGGAUUGCCAAGGCCAUAUGGUGGCCGUGGUCGUGGCCGUGGCCGUGCCCGUGGCUCAUAUGAUGGUGGUAGGGGAAAUAACAACAAUAGCAGGCAGGAUGGAGACUACAGUUCGCAAAAGUGGGGCUCCAAGGAUAAUGAUGAUGGAUGGAGUAACUUUGCUGGUGCUAAAGUUCAAAAUUCACCCGGUAGGGAAGCUUUCCCAGGUGGCUGGGGUGGUGGUGGAAGUGGUAGCGGUAGUGGCUGGGGGAGCAGUACAGCAGAUAGUGGUAGCGGAGGUUGGGGUGGUGGCAGCAGUGGCGGUGGUUGGGGCUCUGGUGGCGCUGGUGGCAACAGCACUGGUGGUUGGGGUGGUGACAGUGGUGGUUGGGCACAGGGUUCAGAUGCAGGUACCGAUGCUGGAAACUCAGCCUGGGAUGGUAGCAAAAAGAGUUCAAUGCAAGCUCAAGGUGGUAAUGGUGGAUGGUCGGGGAGCAGUGGUGGUGGUAGUGGUUGGUGAGGUGCUUGCUUGCAGGAACCACGUGUUUCUAUUUGACCAAAUAUUAUGAUAGUUAAUUAAGUGCCGAGAUUUUUUGGCCUUGCCCUUGAAUUUAUGGUGCAGCUUUUGUUUCGUAAUCCCAAAAGUUUCUCCCUAAAAAAAAAAAAAAAAAAAGGACGCUCUGCUUUUCAUGCCCCUUGAUGUAGGUAAGGUCGAGGCGCUUGGACAUGUUUAGGGUAAAGGUGAUAGACGUAUUGUUAGGGUGCUCGUUUGAGGACAUAUUGACUGUAGUUAUUUGGGGAGAAUGAAUGAGGUGGCUAUAUCUUCACUUGCCGCAUUCCUCAAUUCAGCAAGAGCAGAAAGUAUGGUAACUCAUCACAGUGGCAUACAUGGUAGUUGUUGAAUCUUAGCUGCAUUAUGGUUCCUUAUUUUGCUUCUACUACUACACGUUGCAUACUAUCAAUUAAGCAACGUCGUUUUUGAUGGUUUGAUGAUUUUAGCUAUCUGAAACAGAAUUACGAGAAAUGAUUUGCAAAUCUAGACAAUGUUUGAUAAUCAUGAUCUGAAAUCUACAUUAUUUGCUAA